UCUGAGUUUACUGCCAGCAAGUACAAAUCUAUCUGUGCUCCUCGAGCAGACUGCUAAUCGGCUUGUACAGAAUUGAACUGAAGUCUCAGGAAGUGUCUGAGUGGACGAAUAAUCCUAUUAAUGAUUUCAACGAAUCUCUGGUAACUUGCUUGCUGUUUAAAACAAGAAGACAUAGAUGAGGAAUAGUGAGUGUGAGGCGGUAAGAUUAAAACAAGACCAGAGGAGUGGGCUAAAAAUACCAGACGCUGCUGAGGACUGUGGCUGCUCUCAAAUAAGAGUCCACCAGGAAUUCACAAACUCUGGAGUCAUUACUCCAUGUCGGAAGCUCAUCUUGUGUGCUGAUAACAGAAAAGAAAUGGAGGAUUGGAUUGCAGCAUUGAAGACUGUACAAAAUCGUGAACAUUUUGAGACUACACAGUACAGUAUGGACCAUUUCUCAGGGAUGCAUAAUUGGUAUGCUUGUUCACAUGCUCGACCAACAUAUUGUAAUGUAUGUCGGGAGGCAUUAUCUGGGGUCACAUCCCAUGGACUCUCUUGUGAAGUGUGCAAAUUUAAAGCCCACAAGAGGUGUGCUGUCCGGGCAACCAACAACUGCAAAUGGACAACAUUAGCUUCUAUUGGAAAGGAUAUCAUUGAGGAUGAAGAUGGAAUUUCAAUGCCACAUCAGUGGCUUGAAGGAAAUCUACCUGUGAGUGCCAAAUGCACAGUGUGUGAUAAAACAUGUGGCAGUGUCCUCCGUUUGCAAGACUGGCGCUGUCUCUGGUGCAAAGCUAUGGUACAUACCUCAUGUAGGGACUUGUUACCAACUAAAUGCCCCCUAGGCCUUUGUAAAGUAUCUGUCAUCCCUCCCACAGCUCUCAACAGCAUUGAUUCAGAUGGUUUCUGGAAAGCCACUUGCCCCCCUUCUUGCACAAGUCCUUUGCUGGUCUUCGUCAAUUCAAAAAGUGGAGACAACCAGGGUGUAAAGUUCCUACGAAGGUUCAAACAGCUACUGAAUCCUGCACAGGUCUUUGACCUUAUGAAUGGAGGUCCUCACCUCGGUUUACGUUUAUUCCAGAAAUUCGAUACCUUUCGCAUUCUGGUAUGUGGUGGGGAUGGAAGCGUUGGAUGGGUCCUCUCUGAAAUUGACAGCCUCAAUCUCCAUAAACAGUGCCAGUUGGGGGUGUUGCCUCUAGGGACAGGCAAUGACCUUGCUCGUGUGCUAGGCUGGGGAUCUGCUUGUGAUGAUGACACCCAACUCCCACAGAUAUUGGAAAAGCUAGAAAGGGCCAGUACCAAAAUGCUUGACAGGUGGAGCAUUAUGGUGUAUGAAACAAAACUCCCUCGUCAAGCGUCUGCUUCUACAGGCACUGAAGAUUUUAGUGAAGAUUCUGAGGUGCAGCAGAUACUCUUCUAUGAAGACUCUGUGGCUGCUCAUUUAUCCAAAAUCUUGACAUCUGACCAACACUCAGUGGUCAUCUCUUCAGCCAAGGUGCUCUGUGAGACUGUGAAGGAUUUUGUAGCUCGAGUUGGCAAAGCAUAUGAAAGAGCGCCAGAAAGUUCUGAGGAGUCAGAAGUCAUGGCCAGAAAGUGCUCUGUUUUGAAAGAGAAGUUGGAUUCUCUUUUGAAGACACUGAACGAAGAAUCUCAGGCUUUGUCAUCUUUGCCAAACCCACCCCCUACUAUUGCAGAAGAAGCAGAAGAUGGUGAAGGUUCUGGCAGUGCAUGUGAUUCUGCUAGUGAGCACUCGAUAGGAUCUUCAUGCACUGCCCGUCCUCAGAUAUUUAGACCGCGGGAACAGUUAAUGUUGAGAGCCAACAGUCUGAAAAAAGCCAUUCGUCAGAUUAUAGAACAUGCAGAAAAAGCUGUAGAUGAACAGAAUGCUCAAACCCAAGAACAGGAAAGCUUUCUGUUGGGACUCUCCGCUGCUGAAGAUGGAAAGGACAUGAAGAAUGAGAGUAAAAUUUCCUUACAGUCAUCAAACACCGGCAAUUAUGGAUUUCCAAAAGGGAGAAGCUAUAGGAAAGUGACCAAGUCUCCUUGUGAAAGAUUAAUAAAUAAAGGAAGUUUAUCUGUGGGAAGCUCUGCCUCUCUUCCUUCCCAAACAGGAAACCGGGACAACCUACCAAUGCUAAAUGCAAAGAUCAUCUAUCCCAAUCUCCGUCCUGGGUCAUCUGGUUCUCUACCUGGAGGUUCUGUUAUCAGCCGGUUGUUGAUCAAUGCAGACCCAUUUAACUCUGAACCAGAAAAUCUCGAUUGCUACAUAGAGAAAUGUGUGAUGAAUAACUACUUUGGAAUUGGACUGGAUGCGAAGAUCUCUUUGGACUUCAACAACAAGCGUGAUGAACAUCCAGAAAAGUGCAGAAGCCGCACCAAAAACAUGAUGUGGUACGGAGUCCUUGGGACAAAGGAGUUGCUGCACAGAACCUACAAAAACUUAGAACAGAAAGUUUUACUAGAGUGUGAUGGGCGUCCAAUCCCUCUGCCUAGUCUGCAGGGAAUUGCUGUUCUCAACAUUCCCAGCUAUGCAGGAGGCACCAACUUCUGGGGGGGCACUAAGGAAGAUGAUACAUUUACAGCUCCUUCUUUUGAUGACAAGAUCUUGGAAGUGGUAGCUGUGUUUGGUAGUAUGCAAAUGGCUGUCUCACGUGUGAUUAACCUACAGCAUCACCGGAUUGCCCAGUGUCGGACAGUGAAGAUAGCAAUUCUGGGAGAUGAGGGAGUUCCUGUACAAGUUGAUGGAGAAGCCUGGAUCCAACCACCAGGGUAUAUUUGGAUUGUUCAUAAAAACAGAGCACAGACGCUGACUAGAGACAGGGCAUUUGAAAACACUCUAAAGUCUUGGGAGGACAAGCAGAAGUGUGAGCUACCGCGACCACCUUCUUUCUCACUGCAUCCAGAGAUUAUAUCUGAAGAAGAGUCUACUCACAUCAAUCAGUUUUGCCGAGCAGCAGGAGCACUGAUUCACAGCAUACAAGAAAUAGCCCAGUCAUAUCAGGACAUGGAACAAGAACUUGCUCAUGCAGUCAAUGCUAGCUCCAAAUCUAUGGACAAAGUAUAUGCUAAAUCCAAGUCCACAGAGGGGCUGAACUGUGCUGUUGUUGUAGAGAUGGUGAAUAAUGUUAAAGCCCUGCAUAAUGAGACAGAACUACUCCUAGCUGGGAAAAUGGCUCUGCAGUUGGAUCCUCCGCAGAAGGAGCAGCUCCACACAGCUCUGACUGAAAUGGACCUUCAUAUGAGGAAACUAGCAAAUAUUCCUUGGUUGUGGCAACUCGUGGAACCCAGUGAUGAAGAGAACCAAAUGUUGGAUUAUUCUAAACGCAGCAGGAGUGGCAAAUUUCGUCUGGUGACAAAGUUUAAGAAAGAGAAAAACAACAAGAAUAAAGAAACACGUACCAGCUUAGGAAUGCCGGUUCACCUCUGGGGAACGGAGGAGGUUGCGACCUGGCUUGAGCAUCUCAGUCUUUGUGAGUAUAAGGAUAUCUUCAUCCGGCAUGACGUCCGGGGCUCUGAACUCCUGCAUCUCGAACGGAGAGACCUCAAGGACCUAGGUGUGACCAAAGUGGGCCACAUGAAGAGGAUAUUACAUGGGAUCAAGGAACUGAGCAGGAGUAUUCCUGCCAGCGAGGCUUAACAUCUGUUUUCAGAGCCUGUAUUUACCAUUCUCCCUGAUGUCUCUGCUACUGACACAUCACAGAGGAGAUUUGAUUGGAAUUGUCUUAACGGAGCAGCUAAACGCUAUCGGUGUUCAGAGUGCAUAUCCAACUUCUCUUGGUGCUACAAUUCUGGUGUGGGGUACAGUACUAUCCAGUCAAGCAGCACCUUUUGUUCAAAGCCAGUGUUACUUGUCCACACCAACCACAGUGCCCCAUCUUUACUCAGGCCUGGACACAUUUGCUUUACGCUAGACACCCUUCAGUCAGCCCUUGUAAACUAGGCUGUGGACCAGCUUUGUUGUUACUAUUUUAUGUUAUUUUGGGGAUGGUUGGUUUUGGAAGCCAAUUUUCUAACUUGCCUUUGAUCUUAAGAAUUGAGACAGAUACUAACAGCUGUGAAAGCUAUCUCUUAAGGAUUGAGAGAGAUAUUAAGAGCUGUUAGUCAUGCACACAUAAUGAUGACAAUUAGCAAACGAGGAGAAAAGACUAGGAUUAUAAACUAAUUACUGGGGGCAGCCAAAAUAAGUAAAUAUAGUAUCACUAAAUAUGGUAACAGACCAUUGCUACAUAGACUUUGAAUUCAAAUUAGGAAGAUAUUUUUCUAGGCAGUGCCCUUUACUGUGGUGCCAGAGAAGUGAAUUGACCAUUGAUGUAUGAGUGAAGAUUCUGGGACUUUUUUCUCAAGGGAUGUAAACUUAUCCUUAAGGUUAAAACUACUCUGUUAUCCUUGUUAUAUAAUGCUUAUGGAUACCAAAGGAAUGGGAUUUCAUUGUUCGGGCUUAAAACAGCAAGUGCCUAGAAAUAUCCAACGGUCCCAGAAGUGUAUCCUAAAUGGCAGAAAGUACUGUUUUUAAAAUAAGAUUGGUACAUAGUGCAUAGGCUCUAAUUUUGCUAAUCUAAAAAGCAAGAACAUAAGAAAGUAGUGUUGGCAUUUUUGAAAGCAGUAAGGUAGUUUUUUGUAUAUAUGUUUUAGGCAGGGUUAAGUAUUUCCCUCCUUUUCAAGACUGUUUCCUAAACUUUACCAAGCCAGAGCAUCAUUGCUUAAGGUAUACAAGAUAUUUUCUCUGUUUUAGGAGAACCUCUUUUUACUAGCAUAACUUGACUGAAUUCUACAGAAUUUCCUGUUAGUGACUACUUCUGCAUUCCAUCUAAUCUUGUUACUUCCUGCCAUGUAUUUUGCAGGAAAGGAUAACACAGUCUUAUUUAUGGAAAACUACGGUCAAAUUUGUGGUAGACUUCAGAGAGAAAUCUUAAACCUGAGCUGCAUAUCUAUCUAGUUCUGUUCCACCAUCACUGUUUGCAGAGACAUUUUGCCUUAUUGGUAUGGCAUCCUCUUGCUGUGUUCAAUUUCCUGUGCAUGCUAGAGGACCAUGAAUUUGCAAAUCACAUAGGUAUUCACCAGAAAUGUUCUUCGCUAGGUAUUUUUAAUUGCUGUGGUGCUGAUGGAAGUCUGGACCAGACUUUGCAUUGGGUCAAUAUCAGAUACAAGAUCGUAAAAAUUAUUUCUGCACUUUAUUGGUGAUAUACAACAGCCUCUUCCAUUGCCUGGUGAACACCUCAGUGAGCAGAAUCAACAUGCGAUAACUAUACAGCUGAAAAGGGGUAUUUUUCCUAUUCACUUUAAUGUGGAAGAACUGCAGUGCUUGCUUUUAUGUUUUGCUUUUAAUACAUGGGAAAUCGAGGAUGCUCUUGUUACCACCUCUUGCACAGAUUAGUCUUGUCCUCGAAGGAGCAGUUUUGUUAUACUCCCUUGACUAGGAUUAGAUAAGACACUUGUCCAUAUUUCAGUCAGGUGGCAUCACUUUGAUAAUAGCCAUAUAUGCAGGGAGCACUAGAUUGCUCUGUUGCAGUUCUCUCAAGGAAUUAAAUUUUUGCACUUGUGCCACUCCUUCAGCACAUCCCAGGGCGCUGGAAAUCAGGAAGUGUUCCACUCUCUCUGUUGGUCCUGAAAAGGAGAUCAGUGUGUGCCAAAUGCCUUUGGAUUUGCAUUCAUAUUUAAAGAAAAAAUAAAUAGAUUUAGGCCCGAGCCCCAUCCUUUGUGUGUUAAUUGCUACUGGAAACAAAACAGUCUCCUUGAAACCUGGAUCUCAAACAUUAUGAGAAAAACCAGUGCUUUAGGUUGGCAAAAUUGAAUGUCAGGCUGCUGCUAGUUAUACCUCUGAUGUCUCUUGAGGUAUUGUUUAUUGAAAAAUGGUUUUGCUGGCUGAAUAAAGAUAGCAAAAGCCCUGGAGAAAAAGACUAUUAUGAGUGCCACGACAAACUAGACAUUUCACCUUGAAAACUUCAGAGCUUCAGCCAUAUCAUUUAGGAUUUUGGAAAAGAAGACACUUAAUGGGAUCUUACUGCAAGUCGUCAGCAAUUUUGCAUUGUUUUAAGUGUUUUGAGUUACCAUAUGUUCCAUUUUGUGAAGAAAUUUAAUUUUUUAAUGUUUUAUGCUGAUUUCUCUAACUAAAAUACAGGGCAUGAUUUCUACUAGGUCCGUUACAUUUCAGUGGAACCUAAGUUAAAACACACGUACAAACACAUGUGCCAAUCUUCGACUCCUUUGGAAAUAAAUCAUUGUAUCUUAGUAACAGGAGGUUAAAUGUAUUAUCGAGCUGAUGGUUUUUGCUCACACAAGAUGACCUCCUCUCCAUCAUUCUGCCGCUAUGUGCCAACCCCCUGCCUGCUCCACAGUCUUUCCACCUUCUGCAGCAAAUACACAGACUGCAUGAAUGAUCUGCUGGGGAAUUGUGACCUACAGACAAAAGCUUUCAUAGUGGAAAGCAUUAAUUGGAUAUAACAAGUGUGCAGUGGAGGGCAUUAAUUGGAUGAACCAGUGUGCAGCAGUCUUAUGCAUGUUUACUCAACGAGUAAAUCCCCCAGAAUUGGAUACCCCAACGCCACUUAUGUGUGUAUAGGAUUUCAAUUAAAGUUAUUUAUUAAGUUUUGUUCUAGUGGAUAUAUUCACAAUUUCAGUCUAUGGACGUGCUGGGAUUACAAAAUCUACUAGAACAUGCAUCUCUGAUAAGAAGAGGCACAUAGUGCCAGUGUCUCUUGAACAGCUCUGACCAUCUAUAUCAUUUUAAAAUUAUUUUUUAGUAUUAUUUAAAGGUAAAUAUAGUAUGAAUGGUAAAUUUAAAGACUGUUUACACAAAAAUCCUUAUAUCUUAACGGAAGUUGUGAUGUAAAGAAAUGAAAGAAACAUUUUUUAAAGUCAUUUGGUGUCUGUAUUGUUGUUCACCAAUGAUAGUUGUUGAGGGGUGUUGUAACCGUUCCAGUGAUCUGUCAAAAAACAUAGGGAAGCAUUUCAGUUUUGUACAGUCUUGGGAAGGUUUUGUGCCUUAACAAUAGAAUAUGCUAUUUAUUAUUUUAAUUUAUAUCAUGGUUACCAUGGAAACACCUCUUGUAUGUACAUAUUUUGCAACUGAUUAUUGUACAUAUAUUGUUGUAUAUAAAGAAAAAUCUGUUUCUGA